AUGGAAGCAACUGACGAGGCUCUCGACAUCCAGGCCCAAGUUCUGCAAACAACCCUCCAGGAGAUCACAGCGACGCGACGGGCGAGUGCCGCCAACGAGAAAGAUGGCGAGGGUGUGAAUGAUGAUGAUGAUGAGGUAGCCGAGGCAGACGACUGCUGUGUCAUCUGUCUUGAUUCCAUUUCAGAACCUUGCACUGCUAUGCCAUGUGCUCAUUCCCACUUUGACUUUGUAUGUCUUGUGAGCUGGCUUCAAGAACAUCCAAACUGCCCACUAUGCAAGGCCGCCAUCUACAAGGUCCGAUACGUUGACUCGACCUCUAACGAGAGCUUCUAUCGAGUACCUAAUGCCCCGAGGCCGCGCAAUACAAAUGGGGACAAUGGGAACGGGGACCAGUCGGGGAACCCGGCACUAUCAAACCUCCUUCGACAACGCCGUAACGACCAGCGCCGACGACGAGAUUGCGACGCUAAUACUCACAGUACACCCACCCCAGGGGAAGCUAUAGAACGCCGCAGACACAUAUAUCGGCACCAGUUAUAUUCUUUACACGUUGGCUCAAACCGCAUCUCCGGAUACAAACCAACCCCAACGCCUGACCAGUUUGCCACUACACCACACCUAAUAACACGUGCCCGUCUCUGGAUACGACGCGAGCUACAAGUGUUCGCCUUUCUCUCCGACCCCGAACCAACUGCUGGCCCCAGUGGCAGUACGAGUAAUGCCUCCGAACGCGAACUGACCCGCCGCCGAAACAACGCCGAAUUCCUCCUCGAGUAUAUCAUAGCCAUUCUCAAAACGGUCGACAUACAGGGCAGCGCCGGCCAGGCAGAAGAUAUGCUGGCUGAUUUCCUAGGACGAGAUCACGCACGCUUGUUUUUGCAUGAACUGAGGAGCUGGCUGAGAAGUCCGGCACACUCGCUUGUGGCGUGGGAUAAGGAAGUUAAAUACCCUCAAGCUUCAAGCACAGGUGAAGCCAGCAGAAAACGGAAGGCGCAAAAUUCUUUAGAUGUGGAUGAUGAAGGGGAAGAUGACAUUAGGCGGCAUGCAUCUGGAUCCGAGAGGAGUCAGACCCCAAGAUGGCCAGAACGCGACACUCACCAUCGGCAAACCGGCCAUGAAAGGAUAUGGAGGCGCAGAGACUUUGGCAGGAGUCCUAGAUGGGAUGGUAACUCGGAAAGCAACCGCCAAGGGUCAGGCUGA